AUGGCAAUGAUCGUUAACUACAUGAUGGAUCCUCCCGGAGGGGAACCUAUCUGGUUAUUCUAUUCAAGAGCUACACAACUGGACUUCAUGAAAGGCUUCUUGAAACCAUUAGCGGUUGAAUCAGGAGAAUCUUCACAAGAAAAGCCACCUGAGGAGAUAAUCGAAAUAUCUGAUUCAGAGGAAGAUAAACAAUCUGACGAAAGACCAUCUAUUGAAAAACCCUUACCUAUUAUUUAUGUUGAACAGGAGCCUAUCGAAACCACUGAUGAUUCAUUAUUUGAUUUACCUACUCAAAAUGUGAUUUCCCCUGCUUCAAUUGUUUCUAAUGUACCUGCAAAAGAGCCCUCUCUGCCAUUACCACCUGUUGAGUCAGAAAAUAUUGUGCCUAGUGUAAACCUACCUUGUCUGCCUGUUGAAACACAAAGCACCGGUUCUGAAGAGUCUCAAACAGUUCUACCUACUGAUUCUGUGUCUACUUUGCCUAAUGCACCACAAGCUGAACCACAUACAGAACCACAACCAUCCCUAUCAGUUGAGCCUAGUCUUCCCUCUGAACCACAAAAAAUUCAAGUGUUCCCUGAAAGCUCUCUUGCUGUGAGAAGAAAAACCAGAUCAGCUUCUAUCCAGAUUGAAGCCACAUCUCCAACUCAAACAAGAAAAUCCAAGAGAAAACAAUCUGCACCUGAAAAAUCACCACCCAAAUCCAAGGCACAAAAGAGAAAGAAGCAGACUGCUGAAAAACAACCCUCUCCAUUAAUUGACCUGACAGUUGAUCUAACUGAAACUGCUGUUGAGGUUCACAAACCUCUAUUUCCGACAGGUGAUGCGGAAGCACGAUGGGAGAUUAUCAGCAAGCGCCAAAUCCUUGGAGAAAGAUUCCUUGAUGUUGAGAAAUUCAUAGCCCAAUGCCAACUGCUACGCAUUCUUGAGAUUUUGAACUUGAUGAAGGAAGUCACCAAACUAAAAGACUACCCACCUGCUGCAAUUAAAGAGUUUUAUGCAAACCUAAUGGAAACAAUUGAUCAACCCAUCUCACCUCUGUCUGGCCGUGUAUGGAUUAGGAAUGAAUACUACAACUUUUCUCCAGGAAAGAUCAACCUAUAUCUAGGAAUAGAUGUUGAUGAUACAGAAGAUCCAGAAAUUGACCAGAAUACUGUUGCUAAGAAAAAUACAAGUGACCUUGUCAGUUAUUGUCCUACUAAGACCAACCUAUUGCAUGCAAAGCUUUUGACAACUAAGUAUGCCAUCCUGCACAAUAUAGCCUUGGCAAACUGGAUCACCGAAGAACACAAAGGAGAGCUAAACUACCAAAUGGCAUGGCUGAUAUGCAAAAUUGGCAAGGGCAUUCCUGUUGACAUGGGCCAUAUCAUCUUUAAUCAAGUCAUCAGCUUCUUGGAGCCAAAAGGGCUAAAGGUCAAGUUGCCUUUUCCCAGUACUAUCUAUGGCAUGCUGUCAUCACAAGGGUUCAAGCCUUACCCUGGUCAAGCGAUGGAGAAGCCUACAGUGAGGCAGAUUGAUCCCAAGUUGAAAUAA